AUGGCUGGUGUCUGGAGACCGACGUUUGGUCUCACCAUGCGGCAGCUACAGCCCCAUAGGUUUUUGAUCCGUUUUUACAAUGAACUUGAUAUCGACCGCGUUCUUGCCGGUGGGCCAUGGACCUUUGGGCAAUGUCUGUUGGUUAUGCAGCGGUUGGAGCCAGGGGUUGAUCCUGAACUUGUGGUGUUGCAGCAGGCAGAAUUUUGGGUACAGAUUCACUCUUUACCCGUUGGUUUCCGGUCUGAAGUUGUGGUGUCUGUGAUAGGAUCGUUCCUGGGUACGAUGAUUUGUAUUGAUGAGAAGAAUUGGGAUGGGUCCAUGCGUUUGUUCUAUAGGGUUCGUGUGGCGAUAGAUGUUUCGAGGCCAUUGAAGAAACAUAUGAAGCUAAAAAAGGAUAAUGGCACGUGGGCGUUCAUUGAUUUUUGCUAUGAACGUCUUCCAAAAUUUUGCUUCAUGUGUGGGGUGAUCGGGCAUGGGGAUCAGUAUUGUCCGAAAAUUACUAACGUGCUUGACCGGAAAGCAGAAAAGCCCUUUGGGGCUUGGCUGGGUGUUGGAGGUAGACGAUCCAUGCCGUCAUCUGGCCAGCGUUGGGUUGCACCGGAAUCAAAUACUGAGAGGGAAGGAUGGAAGUCACCAGCUAUGGAAGUGGGUGUGGAUGUUACGCCAGCCGAGAAUGGAGAGAAAGGAAAACAACCGUUAGUUUUGUCUACUGCAUUGGUUUCCCAUUCUGAUGCACAUCAUUCUCAAAUACCAGCUGUGGUUUUGAGUGAGCAGAAACGCAAACGAAUAGAUGAGGGGGCGGUGGAGUAG